AUGGUGUCCGCACCCGGAAAAGCCAUCGUCUUCGGUGAACAUGCCGCAGUGUAUGCUCAGCCCGCUAUUGCCGCCGCUAUCUCUCUCCGAUCCUGUCUCCUCAUUGGCUUAAAUCAUACGUGGGAAACCGACGCUCUGCCAUGGAAUGUCUUCCACCACCCUUGCAAGAAAAGGUUCUAUUACUCUGAUGUCAACUACCUCGACGCUCAGUUCCUCAAAGCCAUCCUGCCACAUGCAGAGGCUGUGUCGAAGCAUCUUCCAGAGCAGGAGCGCAAAAUCCACAUCAAAUCUGCAACCGCCUUCCUCUACCUCUACCUCUGCCUCUCCCUAGGCCCCGUGGAAAGCCCUGGAUUCAUCUACACUCUUCGAUCGACCAUUCCUAUUGGCACAUGUCUAGGCAGCAGUGUCAGUGUUUGCGUCCGCUUGAGCACAGCGCUGCUCCUGCAGAUACGCGCCCUUGCUGGACCCCAACCGGGUCAGCCUCUUGAGGAAGCAGAGAUUGGGGUUGAUACUACGGUCUCGGCGAGUGGAAAGGUUGUGAUGUUCCAAAGAAACGCUUCUGGACAGUCGUCCGUCAUCCGUCUCACCAAGUUCCCGAGACUACCUCUCCUUCUCGUCGAUACUCAACAACCGCGCUCCACCGCUAUACAGGUGGACAAGCCUGAAAUAACAGACCUGAUCUUGGACGGAAUUGGCAAAAUUGCAACUUCGGCACUAGCACUGAUUUCAUCGGCUGAGCUCCAUGGUAGUGGUGCCGCUGAUGCUCUAGGACAUCUGGGAGCCUUGAUUGGUAUGACAAAACUCACCGGUGCUGGAGGUGGUGGAUGUGCUAUCAUCUUCUUGCGACCGGAUAUCGAAGAUCAAACUAUUGAAGAGCUGGAGCGAACGUUCACUGCAGAAGGAUUUCGGAAAUAUGAGAUUAUCCUAGUUGGCGACGGAGUUGGGGUGCUUUGGCCCGCCGUAUUUACAAACGGCAUUGAUGGAAAGCCUGGCGAAGAGAUUAAUCAGGUGAUGUUUGAAAAGGCUGAAGGCGUUGAAGGUAUCAACCAGCUAAUUGGAGAGGGAGUGCAAGACAAUCGGGAAGGCUGGGGCUUCUAUCUUUUGCGAAUCGAAUCUACCAAGGCCGAGAUUGAAGAGGUCAAGCACGACCAGAACGUUCACCGUGAUCAAAAUGAGAAGCUCCACGAUGAAGUCAGAGCUCUGCAAGCUCAAAUAGAAGCUAUCCCACCGGCGGCUCUGGCCAGAUCAUGGGCCGCAGUAGCAGCUAAUGGCAACACUUUUCAGAAGCUUUCUGAUGAAUACCCCGACACGUUCACAUUCAUCGGGUCUCAACUGGCCCCGUACACCCUGCAGGCUCCCAUGCCCACGACUGUCUUGAAAGAGCAUCAAAAGCUAUAUCUAGGACCGAAGCGUGCCCUGGGGGUUAUAUUAAACUCAUUUAAGGUGAUUAACAUCGAUAUUGACGAUUCAAGCAUCGCAGUCUCCAGUCCGAAUGAAAUGAUUGCACCUAUGGCCUAUCAAGGGGACGGCAUGCGAGACGCAAGAUAUCAUGUCGGCCACCACGCAGGACACUCUCAGGGCCAACACCAACCACUCCCCUUGGACCAUGAUGUACAAUAUAAAUUUCCACCUUAUGACAUUGACUGGAUUAUUCAAAGCUUCGACCUCGCCGAGCCGGUCAACCUGCGAUACCUGGGGAGCCGACACAACACGAUCAUUCCCGGCACGCUCUGA